CUCUCAAAUCUCCAAAACAGAAUAAGACUUAACUAUAACAUUAGUUUGCUGAACUAUUACUUUUAGUUUGGGAAAACUACUAUUUUCAUCUCAACAGAACUUGAAGCCUCAAACCAAAAUGUAUUGUGCAGCUUAUACACAAGGAACAAUUUUUCCCGCUCCGAAUUUUAACCCUAUUAUGGAUGCCCAGUUGCUAGGAGGAGCCCUACAGGGAAUUAGUUGUGAAAAAGAUGUGUUGAUUGAUAUCCUAACUCAGCGUUGCAACUCCCAGCGGCUUAUGAUUGCUGAGGCAUACAGGGACAUGUAUGGCAGGGAUCUGAUAACAGACCUAAAAGAGAACCUCUCUCAUCACUUCAAAGAAGUUAUGGUUGGCUUGAUGUAUCCACCUGCCUCCUAUGAUGCCCAUGAGCUCUGGCAUGCCUUAAAGGGAGUAGACACAGAAGAAAAAUGCCUAAUUGACAUAUUAGCCUCAAGAUCAAACAUGGAGAUCUUCCAGAUGAAAGAAGCCUACCUAAUGCAAUAUAAUACUGAUCUUCAACAAGACAUUGAUUCUGAGACUUCAGGGCACUUCAGAGAUACGCUCAUGAACCUUGCUCAGGGAACAAGGAUGGAAGGAUAUGCAGAUCCUUCUACAGCUGCUCAGGAUGCAAUGAUUCUAUGGGAAGCAUGUCAGCAGAAAACAGGCGAACACAAAAACAUGCUGCAAAUGAUUCUCUGCAACAGAAGCCACCAGCAGUUGUGGAUGGUUUUCCAGGAGUUCCAAAAUAUCUCUGGGCAAGACAUAGUAGAUGCCAUUAAUGAAUGUUACGAUGGAUACUUUCAAGAAUUACUGGUUGCAAUAGUUCUCUGCAUUCGUGACAAGCCUUCCUACUUUGCUUAUAGGCUUUAUAAUGCAAUUCAUGACUUUGGGUUUCACAACAAAACAGUUAUUAGGAUUCUCAUCGCCAGGAGUGAGAUUGACUUGAUAAAUAUUCGGCAGCGAUACAAAGAAAGAUAUGGGAAAUCACUCUUCCAUGACAUUAAACAUUUUGCAUCAGGGCAUUAUGAGAGUGCUUUACUUGCCAUCUGUGCUGGUGAUGCAGAAGAUUAUUAAGAGCUGACUACUGGUGGAUAGCACUGCAUCUCCAAAUGAGGCUGAAGGAUACGGCGCUCCCUGGAAUACCUGCAAAUACAGGCUGACAACGCCUGGUGACAGCAACUCACAUUGC